AUGGCCAAAGAGAGAAAAAAUAGGAGGGAUAAAUUCCUCACCACUUCACCAGGUCUCAAGGUCCGAAAGAGGAUUCAUACUGAAGAGAAGCCGUACACAUGUGAUCAGUGUGGGCGAGCUUUUACCACGUCAAGUAUUUUAAGGAGUCAUCAGCGUAUCCACACUGGAGAAAAGCCGUACAAAUGUGAUCAGUGUGGGGCAGCUUUUACCCAACAAGGUCACCUAAUACGUCAUCAGCGUAUUCACACUGGAUUUAAGCCGUACAGAUGUGAUCAGUGUGGGGCAGCUUUUACCCAACAAGGUGAUCUAAGGAGUCAUCAGCGUAUUCACACUGGGGAUAAGCCUUACAGAUGUGAUCAGUGUGGGGCAGCUUUUACUCAACAAGGUAAUCUAAGGAGUCAUCAGAAAAUUCACACUGGAGAAAAGCAGUACAAAUGUGAACAGUGUGGGGCAGCUUUUACCCAUCAAGGUAGUCUAAGGCGUCAUCAGCGUAUUCACACUGGAGAGAAGCCUUACAGAUGUGAUCAGUGUGGGGCAGCUUUUACCCAUCAAGGUGAUCUAAGGAGUCAUCAGCGUAUUCACAUUGGAUUUAAGCCUUACACAUGUGAUCAGUGUGGGGCAGCUUUUACCAAGUCAGGUAAUCUAAGGAGUCAUCAGCGUAUUCAUACUGGGGAUAAGCCUUACAAAUGUGAUCAGUGUGGGGCAGCUUUUACCGAACAAGGUCAUCUAAGGCGUCAUCAGCGUAUUCACACUGGAUUUAAGCCUUACAGAUGUGAUCAGUGUGGGGCAGCUUUUACCCAACAAGGUCAUCUAAGGAGUCAUCGGCGUAUUCACACUGGAUUUAAGCCUUACAGAUGUGAUCAGUGUGGGGCAGCUUUUACCCAACAAGGUAGUCUAAGGCGUCAUCAGUGUAUUCACACCAGAUAAAAAAUUGUCUGUGAUCAGUGUGGGGCAGCUUUUACUCGGAGAGUUCAGUUAAAGGUACUAAUUUAGACAUGUUAUGAUGUUCUGAGAAGAAAUCUGGAGUUUUGUUUUCAGUUGAAACUCAAAACAAAACGUAUGUUUCUUAAAUUUGACUUUUUACCAGUUUGUUUCAUUGUUCCAUCAUUUAAAUAAAAAGGUUAUUUUGUUUCCUGCU